ACCCAAACAAGUACCUGUACGGUUCAGUAUCGAACAAGAAGAUUCAAUUCUGUAACCUCCAUCACAAUUGCAUCGUUGGCAAUCCCAUCUCUACUUUGCGCGCAGGGCUUUUUACUGUAAUCCGAUUUUUCUUACGAGUACGUACGAAACACGACAACUUCCACUUUGACCAACGAGAACUUCUCAGUUCACAGAAAUCAAUUCAAAAAUCAGCAUCUACCGGUACCUGUACGGUUCAGUAUCGAACAAGAAGAUUCAAUUCUGUAACCUCCAUCACAAUUGCAUCGUUGGCAAUCCCAUCUACUUCACGUUAUUUGAAAACGAUUCACACGACCCAUACUGUGACGAUGGCGAACGCAACAAUUUCUGAUGACAACAGUCAUGGGUUCCGCAUGGUAGCCCUAGAUCUUGAUGGGACUCUCCUGCAGUCAAACCACCAGCUUGCCGACGAACAGGCGGACUAUUUACGAACACUUUACAAAUCAGGAUUUCGAAUCUGCAUUGCAACUGGACGAGCAGCUCCAUCAGUGUAUAAUAUUGUCAACAAACUCGCUCUCCCCGAGCCUACGCCGGUGGUCUGCUCGAACGGAGCAAGAGGAUUUUUGUUAUCGUACGAUAAUACAUGUGGCGCAAAAGAGAAGAAACACCAGGAGGAGCUCUUCUAUACUCCUCUCCCUAGAGAAGCUGUGUUAAAAACCAUCAAACUCGCCAAGGAACUAGGCUAUUUUGUUCAGUACUAUCUCGGCGACGGAAUCUAUGCGAAUCCUACCAAACAAAUUCACCAUCAAAUGGUGAAAGAAUACGAAAGGUUAACCGAUAGUCCUGUCCAAGUUGUUGACAAUUUUGAUCAAUUCAUUGGGUCAGACGACAGUAAUAAAUUACCAUCAAAAAUGCUGGUCCGAUGUGAAAAGGAAGAGUUUGCCACUUGUCAUCCGUCCUUUACGGAAUUGCUUUGUCCGACGCCCGUAGAUGGCAACUGUAAGCAAGCGACGACGGACACGUUGGGCCACAUCGUCGCAGCAUUCAACACUGACUUGGACUGGUUUCUGGAAAUCCUCCAUCCGAAUGUGAACAAGGGACGUGGAUUACGGAACAUGUGUGAAAAAUUGGAUAUCCCAAUAAAAGAUGUAAUUGCUAUUGGAGAUGGUACCAAUGAUAUUGAGUUUCUCCAAAUGUCCGGGUUGGGUAUUGCUAUGAACAAUGCACACGAAAGUCUUAAGAGUGUGGCUAGCUACACAAUGGAAUGGACGAACGAUGAGCACGGAGUGAUGAAAACGUUGGAAAAUCUUAGAAUAAAAGGAAAAAUAUAUUGCAGGAAUGAAAAUAUUUAAAGAUAUUGGUUUCAAUUAUUCAUUUUUCAAUAAAUAUGGGAAGCACUU